AUGAAAAGAGCCCUGAUGGUCAUCCAGUUUGGUUUUGUAACAUUGUUUGUGGCGUCGUUCCCACUGGCUCCCCUUUUCGCUCUGCUCAACAACAUUAUUGAAAUACGACUCGAUGCAAAGAAGUUUGUGACGGAGCUGCGAAGACCAGUGGCAGCUAGAGCCAAAGACAUUGGAAUAUGGUACGACAUACUUAGAGCUGUGGCGAAAGUGGCUAUCAUCAUCAAUGCGUUCGUAAUCUCCUUCACUUCAGACUUCAUCCCACGAAUGGUCUACCAGUACAUGUACAGUCCUGAUGGCUCCUUGCAUGGGUUUGUGAACCAUACCCUGUCCUACUUUAAUGUCAGUCACUUUGAGCAUGGCAAAGAAACCAUGGAUCCAUUGCAUCUUGGCCAUGCUGUUGAAGUUUGCAGGUAUAAGGACUACAGAGAACCUCCAUGGUCUCUCACACCAUAUGAGAUCUCCAAGGAGUUCUGGGCAGUGCUAGCUGUACGGCUGGCUUUUGUUAUCGUUUUCCAGAACAUUGUGAUGCUGAUGAAUGAUAUCAUUGACUGGUUAAUCCCAGACAUCCCCAAGAAUAUCAGCCAACAGAUUCACAACGAAAAGAUUCUGCUGGUUGACCUCUUCAUGAAAGAAGACCAACGAAAAGAGCAACAGAUGAUCAACACACUUGAGACGGGGGGCUCUGCGGGCGUGGAGACGUACAGGAGGAGCAACACCACCAGCAGCACCAAAACACUCUGA